UGUAGCCAAGAGUCCCUGGCGUAGAAUCGAGCAUUUGGUAACCCCAGAUGCAGGGGAAGUGGGUGCAGCUAACCCAGCUCUCACUGAGCCGAGGCAGUGCCGGCUGGGGCAGAGGCAGGCAAGGGACCAUGGCUGGCUUUAAUGUCCGCAGCGUUCUGGUGACUGGGGCCAGUCGGGGAAUCGGCCUGGGGCUUGCCAAGCAGUUUCUGGGGAAAUCAAACCCACCCAAGUGGGUCUUUGCGACCUGCCGGGAUCCGGAGGGAGCACAAGCACAGGAAUUAAAGACCUUGGCAUCCAGGCAUCCAAACCUGAUGAUUGUUGCACUAGAAGUUACGGACCCAGCCAGCAUCAAGGCGGCAGCAGCCAGAGUUGAGGAGCAUCUGAAAGGCUCGGGGCUGAAUCUGCUGAUAAACAACGCUGGGAUACUGAGGCUGAACACACUAGAGUCUGAGACACCGGAGGACAUGUCCCUGGUGUAUGCAACCAACGUGACAGGGCCUCUCCUGGUGAGCCAGGCGUUCCUGCCCUUGCUGAAGAAGGCUGCCCAGGGAAGCCCCCAGCCAGGGCUGAGCUGUAGCAAGGCGGCCAUUGUCAACAUGUCCAGUGAGGGCGGCUCCAUCACGAAUCCCUUUGCCUGGCAGUUGGGGCAAGUUAUCUCUUAUCGGUGCAGCAAGGCUGCUCUGAACAUGCUCACCAAGUGCCAGUCCUUGGGGUAUGGCGGAGACGGGAUCCUGAGCAUUGCUGUCCAUCCUGGCUGGGUGCAGACUGACAUGGGGAGCUCCGCCUCCCACCAGGUAGGUGCCUCGCUGGGAGAGGCCAGGUGUAGCCUCAUGUCAUGGGCAGAUGUUCAUUGUAGGGGGAAUGGUUACGCUGGAGGCUGUUCCCUUAUCACACCCCCCAUAUUGAUGACACCUCUCAGGGGCUCCCAUCCCAGUGAGGCGGUUGUCAGGACCCAUGUCAGGGUUCCUUCCCCACUCUGAACUCUAGGGUACAGAUGUGGAGACCCACAUGAAAG